AUAGCAAAAAUGAGCUGUGCUGUUUCCAUUUUGAAAUAUGUGUUGUGCUUCCUCAAUUUCCUCUUUGUGCUUUCAGGUGUUGCUCUCGUGACUAUUGGUACUCACAUGAACCAGCAACUGCAGGAAAUUGAAGACGUACUGAAUGGAAAGAUGCAUACUCCAUGCACAUUAGCUGUAGUACUUGGCAGUUUUCUCAUCGCAGUUUCCUUCUAUGGACUAUUUGGUGCUUUUAAGGAGCGUCGCUACUAUGUCGUAACGUACGCUGUGUUCCUGUUGACUAUACUUCUUCUGCAAACACCUGUUGCUGUAAUGGCUAUUCUUUAUGGUGACAGAAACUUCGUUCUUCAUACAACAAUGUACGAUUUUACAAUCACUUACUAUACUGACAGUAUCAGCCAAGGCGUUAUGGAUACAGUUCAGAAAAAGUUGCAGUGCUGUGGUGCUACUGGGCCAGAAGAUUAUAUAAAUUUAAACCCAUCUACUCCUGAGGUACUGCCACCAUCAUGCUGCAUACAGGACAUUGAGUGUUACUAUGAAACAAAUGCUACUGAAACCUUCUAUACUAAAGGAUGCUGGUUUGCUGAGGAAGAAUUCUUGGGUUUUGUAGGAAUGUUGAUUGGAUGUGCAGUUGUUGCAUCUGGAGUACUUGAGGUUAUAGGGAUCACAAUGGGGUUCUGUCUGGGAAGAUCCCUAAAAAAAAGGAAGCAAUGAAGUUUAUGCAAGAGAUAAAGAACAAGAUAGAGCACAGAGUCAAGAAAUACGAAGAGAAAAAACAACACACAUCAGAAUCUACUCUGAUAGUUUUGGAAGAGGGAUGGCUACAAAAACAAAGACUGUGACGACUCAAAAAACAUUAAAAUUGAAGGCAUAGUGAAACCUGGAACAAGAUUCAACCAGAUCCUCACCAACACUGAAGACCGCUGUAAUUUCUCAAGGAGUGACUUUGCAAUUCUUAUGGUUCCAAUGAUGUAUACCAUAACGAAACAGCUGCAGCAGCAACAGCUCUGAAGACCUCACUGGGCAAGUUAACGAACAGAUAUGUUGUAUUAUUUAAAAUACCUCACUGUUACGAGUUAAUUGAAACGUUAUGUGUAAACAGAGAAAUAACCAAAGCUAGCAAAUAUUUUGAAACAAUUUGCAAACAGUUUAAAAAUGUAAUGCGUUUAGAUAUUAAGGAAUGUAUCAGCUGUAUCCAUGAACCCUCUGACAAUUGUAACUACUUGGGAAUUUGUCAUACAAGACAUGGUCAAGGCGUAAGUGGAAUAGGAAAGAUACAGCUGGCCCAAAAAAAUACUUAGUAUGGUAAAUAACAAAUUAUAUUGUAUCAGCAAUUUGGAACAUAUGUCUCAAAACUCAGAACCAGAUGAGGGAAACGUAUAAGGCUGACCUAGCCUGAAAUAUGUGAGACUUGGUCAAAACCUGAAGGGGACACUAAAGUGAGCUGUGCACGAAACCUAAGUGGCUUGACUUUGCUGUAUAAGAAUGUACAAGGACUAGGCAACAAAAUGUGUGAGCUGGAAGUAAUUUUAAACUGCAAUCUUAAGGAGGUUUCUGUGCUGUGUAUCAGUGACCUGGCUUCAGGACACUCAGAUUUGUGCAGCAAAUAUAUCAGACUUUGAUUUAACAAGUAGCUUUUGCAGGAAAACUUAUAAUUGCGGAGGUGUAUGCAUUUGUGUUAGAAGUAAUGUUAAAUCUAAAGAGGCAAAACUUAGCAAGGUGAAGUGUGUAGAAAAAGAUUUUGAAUGUUGUAUUUGUGAACUUACAGACUGUCAAACUAUCAUUGCUUGCAUCUGUAGGUCCCCAUGAGGUGACUUUAUCUGGUUCUUAUACUAUAUAGAUGAUCUUUUAAAUAAAUUGAGAAGCAGGUCAAAAUACACAAUAAUUCUUGGUGACUUUAACAUUAAUUUUAACAAAAGUAAUAAGAACAAGGUAAAAUUAUUAAAUCUGUUUAACACACAAUCAUGCAACAUACAGUGCAGGAAAUUACCAGAUAUGGGGAUGGGUGUGAAGCAGCACUUGAUCAGAUAUUUACCAACAAACAAAGCUGUAAGUACAAUAUUGAAGUAAGAGAUACAGGCUUUUCUGACCAUAUGGCUUUAAAAAUGAUGAUAUGGAAGGAGAACAAUAAGAAAUACACAGUCACUGAAAAAUAUGUACAAAGAAGACUUAUUAAUCCAAACAACAUAAGGGUAUUUAAUAGUAUGCUAAAAAGGGUGCAAUGGGCCAUAGAACAAACUGAUGAUUUAGACAAAAAGUAUGACAGUUAUCUCACUGUUUAUAAAUAUUGCUAUGAUGCAGCGUUCCCAUUCAAAAGAAUUAAAGUCAGUGAGAAGACAAACACAUGGGUAACACAAGGGAUUAAAAAAUUAGCAAUCACCCUUAGAAACGAAAGCAAACAUGCUAAAAUAAAUACAACAAUAAAACCAUAGUAUAGGAAAAAUAAAAGAUCUAUAGGAAUAUUUUACAGGCAGCAAAAAGACUAAGCAACGAGUCAUACAUUAAUAAGGGUAGCAUUAAAUUAAAAUCGAUUUGGAAGGUUAUAAACAAUAGCAUAGGAAAAUGUAAAACCAAGACUCAUAAUUUCAAAAUUAAACGUGAGGGCAAAGUGAUAGAAGAUGCUCAACAGGUAGCCAAUAUACGUAUAUUAUGUGGACAUAGCACCAUAGUUAGGGAACUAUGUUAUUGCACAAGGCCCAUACACCAAAUUCCUAGGUAUAUGAGUGGAUGAGCACUUGAGAUGGGAAAAUCAUCUAGAAGGUUUGAGUAGAAAAUUAAGUAAAUGCUGCUAGGUGCUAAGAAUGUUCCAAGAAUGUUGCAACACUGAAUCACUGCUUUGUGCCUAUUAUGCUUACAUGAACAGUUUACUUAGAUAUGGUGUGAUCUUUUGGGGGAAUACAGGUAUGGCAAAACAAUCUUUCAAACUUCAAAAAAGGGCUAUUACAAUAAUGAAAGGGGUUCCCUAUAGAGUGUCAUGCACGGAAAUAUUUAAAAAAUUUAAAAUAAUGACUCUUCCUAGCAUAUACAUCCAUGAAUGUGUAUUAUUUCUGAAAACUCAUCAGGAAUUUUCAACAUUAAAUAAUCAGGUUCAUAACCAUGAAACAAGGAACAGGGAUGAUUUUCACAGACACCCUCAAAGGAUCACUCUACCAAAGAAGUGUAAAGUACCAGCCUAAAAUAUUUUUAGUGCAUUGCCUUCUACAAUAAAGAAAAUUA